AUGGUAGAUAACGAAUUGGCUUCUCGUUUACAGAAACGAUUAGAUGUUGAAGCGGGAAAAGAGACAGAGCAAAUUAAACUCGAUUACAAGGAUCCUCACGAGGAAUUUGCUCACCCUUACCCAGAAUUUAGCGAAUUUUCGCGCGAGCAAUGCAAAAUGUUCGAAGAUAUGUUUGCACAAUACAAUGCCAACCAUGACGAUUACAUUUGCUACAAUGAGUUGAAAACAAUGAUGGAAUUACGUGGCGAGCCUUUGACUCAUUUAGAACUGAAGAAGUUGAUAGCGGCCGUUGACGAAGAUGGUGAUGGAAAACUUUGUUUCAGAGAAUUCAUGUUGAUGUGGAAGAAAUGUUUAACCGGCGUUCUACCCGAAGGAACAGGAUAUGCUAAAAUUGUCGCAACAAAUAAAAUAAUCUUAUCAAAGCCUCCUACACCAGCAUCUACAUCAGGUUUAAGUGGGGCAAAGGCGCUUUUUGAGACGAAGCAACGAUCACACGCAGACAGCGAGAACAACGCUGAAGAAAUUCGUGAAGAGCAACGAAAGGCUUAUGCCAAGAAACGAGCAGACAAGGCUGCUGCAGAGAAGGAAGAGGCACGGAAGGCUGCUUUUGCAGCAAGGGCUGGAGCCUUUGGAAACUAA